UCAGUGUCUAAUGACAAAUUUCCCCACGAAUCAUUAUCACUCAAUUCUGCAAGUGGUUCUGAUUUACUAUCGCUGUUCUCUAGCUGGUCUAAAACCGCUUUUGACCUAAAGGGACACUUUUUGGACGCCAUGGACGUUUCUCAGUUUCCAGGCAAUAAGAACAGUAAAAAUGCAGACAGGGCACAGGACAAAGCACUCGGGACAAAAUGUAUGUGAAAUGGCUGAUACAGUAAUGUUUUACUAUACCUUAGAUUUGAUUUUAGUGAAUGUCACUUUUAGUCAUUUUCAAAUUUCCUGCCGUUCUGUCCCCCGUACGUCCCGACGCUCGCAGGGGACGGAACCCAGAAGACAGAUGCCGGCAUCCGCCGGAUUACAUUGCCGGGGACACUGCAGGAGGGAC